CAAAUAUUGUUCGAAAUAUUUAAAAAAAACGAUUUUAGAAAGUAGAUUUAAACACCCUGUAUUUCGGAAGCCACGCAUUUUUCGACCCAUUAAUUUUAAAAGUUAUAUCGAAUCUUAAAGUUAUGCAACAAUAAACUGAAACACCCUGUAUAUUCGAUAUUACCUUUACAAGCUCGAGCUGGACUCUUUAACUCGUCUUACCUCAAGUUAGAAUACAUGAUUAAUAGAAAAGUGGGGUUAGAUCACCAUAACCUAAUUUUCAUGUUUUUAUUCUUUCCUAAAAUUAAAGAUAAAUGUUUACAUGCGUUGUUGUUAAUCAAAAUAGGAAGUUAAAAACGUAUAUUGCUAAGAGGGAAUGUUCAUAAUUGUGCAAUGCAAGGAGCGCUGAAGAUUUUCUUGAGAGGUAGAGCUGUGGUUAGAGAAAUGAGCCACUUUUCAACUGCUCGUAGUUCUGAAGUUAUAGUUGAAAAACUGGGGCAAAUAACUACAAUUGGUUUAAACAGGCCAAGUAAAAGAAACUGCAUAGACUUGGAUACAGCCAAACGCUUAAGUGAAGAGAUACAGAACUUUGAACAGGAUGAUGAUGCUAGUGUAGCUGUCUUUCAUGGAACAGGAGGCAACUUUUGUUCUGGAUAUGAUUUAAAUGAAUUGGCAAACUCAGAAGUCAUUGAAAAAGAAAAGAUAGAGAAUGGCCUACUGGGUUUGCCAUGGCACAUAAGGAAGCCUACAGUGGCAGCAGUGAAUGGGUAUGCUGUUGCAGGUGGUUUUGAAUUGGCUUUACUUUGUGACCUAAGGGUAAUGGAAGACACGGCUGUGAUGGGACUAUAUGGCAGGCGAUUUGGGAUUCCCCUAACAGAUGGAGCCACAGUGCGACUUCAAUCCAUGAUUGGCCUCUCCCGAGCUUUAGAUUUAAUUUUAACUGGAAGGUCAUUGUCAGCCAAAGAAGCCUUUGAAUGGGGUGUGGUCAAUAGGAUAGUUGCUUGUGGAACAGGAUUGGGACAAGCUAUAAACCUUGCAUCCUCUUUGGUGAAAUUUCCUCAAGAGUGCAUUUUAACGGAUCGAGAAUCCACGUACAAUGCUGCGUUCAAUAAGGCAUACGAGGAGUUACUUCAGAAGGAAAGAAUAAAUGCAAAACAACUGUUCCAGAAGAAGAGUAUUGUUGAUGGUGCUAAAAAAUUUCUGUCGGGACUAGGAAGGCAUGGGAAAACGUACAAUUUAGCACCCAAAGAUAUAUGCGAAUGGGAAAAGGAGUUUGUUAAUACUAAGCCAAAAAGUAAAUUGUGAUUUUCUCUUGAAUGUAGUUUCUUCAUUGUGUAUAUUUUUGUAAAUAAAAAUGUAAUUAUUUUGUUUUGAAAUUGAGGUUAAGUUUUAUUCAGUUUGUUUUUCGCCUUUUACUUAGGCAGCAGGAAACAGCUUACCGGCAUAUGUGAAUUUUUUCUAUGAAGCUCUACGCUACGCGAAACACUCAUUGCACAGGCGUGUUCCAUUGUCACUCAGGGGAGCAUUAAGUACUCACCGUGCUUCGUGCAUUGAUAAUAUGUAAAAUUUGUAUAAAUUAAACACGUGCUACAUAGGA